AUGACCAGAGGCAGUGGGCGCCCCACUGAGAGGUCUCCGGCCAAGGUGGAAACUAGCACAGUGACCCCCAGGCCGGGACAUCAGGUGCCCACCACCCCCGGAGCGAGGGCUACACGGAGGGCGGCCAGAGGCGCCAGCACUGCAGCCGUUCCAGCCACAAAGGGAGCCCGGGUGCCCCCACGCACCCCCCCGGCCCCCAGCGCCCCCACGCAGAGGACCCAGAGACUGCAGGCCACCAACUUCAAGGCUGAGCCCCAGUGGGACUUCGAGGACCAGUACAGCUUGGACAGCGGGAGCCUCCGGACGGCCUGCCCGGACUCGCUGAAGGUCAAGGCCUCCAGGUCCCCCUGGCUGCAGAACCUCUUCCUGCCCAACCUCACCCUCUUCUUGGACUCGAAGCGCUUCAGCCGGAGCGAAUGGGACCGCCUGGAGCACUUUGUGCCGCCUUUUGGGUUCAUGGAGCUCAACUACUCCGUGGUGCAGGGCGUGGUGGCGCACUUCCCCCGGGUGCCCCAGCAGCAGCUGCUGUUGGCCGUCCUGCCCCCGGGGAGCUCCCGCUGCAUCAGCUGCGCUGUGGUGGGCAACGGAGGCAUCCUCAACAACUCGCGCCAGGGCCAGGAGAUCGACAGCCACGACUACGUGUUCCGGCUGAGCGGGGCUGUCACUGAGGGCUACGAGCAGGAUGUGGGCACGCGGACGUCCUUCUACGGCUUCACGGCCUUCUCGCUGACCCAGUCGCUUCUGAUCCUGGGCAGGCGGGGCUUCCGGCAGGUGCCCAAGGGGAAGGACGUCCGCUACCUGCACUUCCUGGAAGGUGCCCGGGACUUCGACUGGCUGGAAGCUGUGCUCCGGAACGAGCCCCUGAAGAAAAAGAGUCUCUUCUGGUUCAGAGGCAAUCCCCGGGACGUUUUCCCCGAAGACCUGUCACUGGACAGGUACCUGCUGCUGCACCCGGAUUUGCUCCGCUACAUAAAGAACAGGUUCCUGAGGUCCAACAGGCUGAACACUGCCCAUUGGAGAAUAUACCGGCCCACCACCGGGGCCCUCCUGCUGCUCACCGCCCUCCAGCUCUGUGACCAGGUGAGCGCCUACGGCUUCAUCACGGAGGGCCACGAGCGCUUCUCCGACCACUACUAUGACAAGACGUGGAAGAAAACCGUCUUCUACCUCAACCACGACUUCAAGCUGGAGAGACAAGUCUGGAAGCAGCUGCACGACGAGGGCAUCAUCCGGCUGUACCAGCGCCCUGUGACUCCCAAGCCCAAGAUCUGA